AUGCGUUUCGUGGAAAAUUGUAAACGUACAAAAACAGCAAGAAUUGAAGGACAACUGGGUGUGAAUGAAAUACAUGAUGCAGAGGUAAAAUUAAUAAUAAAAGCUGAAAGGUCUCAUUGUAAGGAAGAAUUUACAUGUUUAUCUAAGCAAAAAGAACUACCAAAAGAUAGCAAAUUGAUCAAAUUGAAUCCAAAAAUUGACGGUGAAGGAGUAAUCAGAAGUGAUGGACGCUUAAAAUAUGCUGAAAUGUUAUCGUACGACUGUCGAUAUCCAGUGAUACUACCUCGACAUGAUUGGAUUACUGAACUAAUUGUUCGUCACUUUCAUGAAGAUUCAGGACAUAGUGGUACAAACUAUACACUUUCCGUGUUAUCAACACAGUAUUGGAUACCAUCUGCAAGGGAGGUAAUUCGUGCAGUAGAAAACAAAUGUACUAAGUGUAAACUUCGCAAAGCAAGACCAAAAGAACAGAUUAUGGUGCCACUUCCAAAUAUCCGUCACAAUAUGCCAUUAAGAGCAUUUGUUCAUGUAGCAGUAGAUUAUGCGGGACCAUUUGUAACUGUUCAAGGCCGUGGAAAACGUCGAGAAAAAAGAUACCUUUGUUUAUUCACUUGUUUGAGUACAAGAGCUGUACACUUAGAGAUUGCAUUUGGAAUGGAUGUAGAUUCUUUUCUUAAUGCGUUUUACCGGAUGGUUAGUCGUCGGGGAUUACCAAAAACUAUGUUAUCAGACAAUGGAUCAAAUUUUGUUCGUGCUGACAAAGAAUUAAAACAGUUAUUGCAGUGUCUUGAUCAGGAUAAAAUUAUAGAAAACACAGCAAAUAAAGGAAUACAGUGGCAAUUUAUUCCAUUCCACCCUUUGCUCCUCAUUGGGGAGGUGUACACGAAAUAA